AUGGCGAGAAUAUUAUUCCUUAUUGUUUUUGCUGUGGCCGUGAACGGGUUCAGACAAAACCCGAAGUUCCCGAAGUUCGACGACAAGAAAGUGGGUUGUACUAGCGCCUCGGAUAAGCUGAGACAUGAAUUAAUCGAGAAGUCCAGGUGUGGAGAACCUAAAGAGGUGUUCCAGGAACUUAAACCUCCAAACUCUUUUACACAGAUAAAUCCAAGUUGGGUGUGGGUCAAGCGCUGCGUCGGACUCUGCGACUUGGAGGGGCCGGGAUCCCAGUGCGUCCCCGUCAAGACUAGGAUCGAGGCUAUUCCUGUGAGAAUAUUCGAUCUAUCGACAAGUAAGGACACUUGUACCACGAUCAAAGUGGAGGUUCACGAGAGCUGCGGUUGCUGUUCGUCAUCGAGUAGCGACUGCGGAGCCCCGAAGGUCUUUGAUCCUCGUAAGUGCUCCUGUCAUUGUCCCAACAAGGAGGAGAGGCGAAAUUGUCUAAAGAAGGUUCGUAGGAUGAUGGAUGUCUGUGAUCACUAA